UUCUACUUUUUUCUCUCUCUCUCUCCUAAUCUCUCUACAUGCACAUUCUCUCUCUCUACUGCAACUUUUGUAUCUUUUUAUAAAUAAAUAAAUUAUUUUUCUUUAUAAGUAUACGUCUGAGACGUUCCAUAAAGAGCUUCUGCUUCGGCUUCUUUUUCCUUUCUUAUUACUUACUAGUAGCUUCAUUUAAAAUCUCAGACACACCGGUUUACAUGCAUUUGCUCUCUUUGAUCUCUCUUUGUUUUUAUCCAAAAAACAUGCAAUAGCCAAUAGAUAAGAUCUUCUGAUAAUAUAUAUAACCUCGUGAUUAUCGUUUUCUCACAUCUAGUCUUCGUCUUCUUUCUUCCACACAAAUGCUCAACAAGUACUGAAAGCUUAUAGAGAGUCAGUGUAACGCCUUAAAUCAGCUCAGCAGAGGAUUUAUUUACCAAAGAAGAAGAAGAACAAACAAGAGAGAGAGAAAAAAAAAGUAGUAUAUAUAAAAAAGCAGAAAGAAAAAGGAAAGAAAACUAGAUAGAUGGCUCCGAUGACGAACUGGUUAACGUUUUCUCUGUCACCAAUGGAGAUGUUGAGGUCAUCUGAUCAGUCUCAGUUUGUCUCCUAUGACGCUUCUUCCGCCGCUUCCUCUUCUCCUUAUCUCCUCGAUAAUUUCUAUGGUUGGACGAAUCAAAAGCCACAAGAGUUUUUCAAAGAAGAAGCUCACUUAGCAGCAGCAGCUUCAAUGGCGGAUUCAACAAUCUUAACAACGUUCGUAGACCCGCAGUCUCAUACUCAGAGUCACAUCCCUAAGCUCGAAGAUUUUCUCGGUGACUCUUCUUCGAUGGUUCGUUACUCAGACAACAGUCAAACCGAAACACAAGACUCUUCCCUUACUCAAAUCUACGAUCCACGUCACCACCACAACCAUAACCAAACCGGGUUUUACUCCGAUCACCACGAUUUCAAAACCAUGGCCGGUUUUCAAACCGCUUUCUCUACAAACUCCGGUUCUGAGGUCGAUGACUCUGUUUCUAUCGGAAGGACUCAUCUCGCUGGAGAGUAUUUGGGUCACGUUGUUGAAUCUUCUUCUGGACCUGACCUAGGGUUUCACGGUGGAUCUAAUAAUAACACCAACACCACUGGCGGAGCUUUGUCACUUGCGGUUAACGUUAACAACAGUACUAAUCAGCACCGUAAUGAUAAUGAGAUUACUAAUCAUCAUUACCGUGGUGGUGGUGAGAGAAACAACAACAACAACAACAACAACGAGAACAGCGAGAAGACAGAAUCUGAGAAAGAGAAGCCAAUCGUGGCUGUUGAAACAUCGGAUUGUUCUAAUAAGAAGAUUGCUGAUACGUUUGGACAAAGGACUUCGAUUUACAGAGGUGUUACUCGACAUAGAUGGACGGGAAGAUAUGAAGCUCAUCUAUGGGAUAAUAGCUGUAGGAGAGAAGGUCAGGCCAGGAAAGGACGUCAAGUGUACUUGGGUGGAUAUGACAAAGAAGAUAAGGCAGCUCGAGCUUACGAUUUAGCGGCUCUUAAAUACUGGAAUGCUACUGCUACCACAAAUUUCCCUAUUACCAAUUACUCCAAAGAAUUGGAGGACAUGAAGCACAUGACCAAGCAAGAGUUCAUUGCCUCCCUCAGGAGGAAGAGCAGCGGUUUCUCUAGAGGAGCUUCGAUAUACAGAGGUGUAACAAGGCAUCAUCAACAAGGACGUUGGCAAGCAAGGAUUGGCCGUGUUGCCGGGAAUAAAGAUCUUUACCUCGGAACCUUUGCGACGGAAGAGGAAGCUGCUGAGGCGUACGACAUAGCAGCAAUCAAAUUCAGAGGAAUAAACGCUGUGACUAACUUUGAGAUGAACCGUUACGACGUUGAAGCCAUCAUGAAGAGUGCACUUCCCAUUGGUGGUGCAGCUAAACGUCUUAAGCUCUCUUUAGAAGCUGCUUCAUCAGAGCAAAAGCCAAUCCUCGGUCAUCAACUUCAUCAUUUUCAGCAGCAGCAGCAACAGCUUCAGCUUCAGUCAUCUCCGAAUCACAGUAGCAUUAACUUCGCUCUUUGUCCUAACUCAGCGGUUCAGUCUCAACAGAUCAUUCCUUGUGGAAUCCCUUUUGAAGCAGCUGCCCUUUACCAUCACCAACAACAACAGCAGCAGCAGCAGCAGCAACAACAGAACUUUUUCCAGCAUUUUCCUACGAAUGCAGCUUCUGACUCGACCGGAUCUAAUAACAACUCCAACGUUCAGGGAUCAAUGGGACUUAUGGCGCCAAAUCCGGCUGAGUUCUUCCUCUGGCCUAAUAAUCAGUCUUACUAAAACCCAACUUCCUGAUGAGUCAAUAUUGUCCUAAUCAGUCAAGUUUUUUUCGUUUCUAAGGGAUACAACUUCAACUUCAACUUCUUGAUUCUGGCUAACCCAUCAUAAGCUGACUAGAAGGAUCUAAAAAAUCUCACUUAUGUUUUUGUUUUGAUUAACUGUUGUUGUUUAGGCAGGAGUAGAUGGGGGUGAAAUGUGGUAGCAUCUUAAAAAUGGUUGGGCUCAUUAAUGUAUUAAACGUAAGCUCGGUGGAGAAAAUGGUAGUUUUUGGGAAUUAGGGGGGUGGUUUCUUUUUAUAUUUUGUAUGUAUAAGGCUCAUCAGCUUAUCCGUAGCGAACUCUGUUUUCCAUUUAUGAAAAAAAGUUAUCUUCAGAAUGUUUUGA